AUGAACGAGUUACAAAAGAUUCCUGCAAAUAAUAUUCAAAGGAUUUUGAUUGAUUUCCAAAAUCAACUACAGCCAAUAUUACAAUCGAACCAAAUUGUUAAUGAUUAUACGUUGUUAAAUGGUUAUAUUAACUUGGUGCAUUCUAAAUUCAAUAAAAUUGUUUUAAAUGACUUCAUUGAGAAUGAAGACAUUUUUGCUUCUAAAAAUCAUGACAUUGUUGAAGGGAACUUGGACUUAUCAGCAUCUGUUGAUAAAAAUACAAUAGCUCAUAUUUUGGAUUUGUUAUGGGAAAAAAUACAUCAUCCAAUUUUCAAAUGGUUCCAACAUUGGGCUAAAUUCAUAAGAACUAAUAAUGUUGAUAUUUCAAAUGGGAAAAAGAAACAUUAUGUUGAGUUCAGACAGAUGAAUUCAAAGUUAACAAAAUACUUCAAGUCAGUGAAAUCUUUCUAUUACAAUAUUAUUGAAAAGAUUGUUAAAGGAUACGAUUUGUCAAAUGUGAUUUCAAACGUGGUCAUCACAAACAAUUUAAAUAUCGUAUUAUCUGAAAACGACUUAAAAUCGCAAUUUAAGUUCGAAGAUGAUAAUCCAAGAUCCGUUUUACUAGUUUUAGCUUUGUAUAGAUGCUUGCUAUAUUUAGGAGCAUCUCACAAGUAUAAGAAACUAAAUGAAAUAUUCACGUGUAAAUACAAUAUUGAGAACUUCGAUAAAUCAUUGAAAUAUUUGAAUAUAGCAUCAUUGUUAUUACCAUCUAUUGGUCAAAAUCAUUUACAAAUGGGAUUGGUUUAUCUUCAGACACAGAAUUAUGGAUUGUGUAUUCAUGAAUUGACUCGAAGUAUAACAUCAAGAAUUUCAUCUGCAUCAGGCUUACAAAAUUUUAUGAAAUUAGCGGCAGAUAAACAUUCAAACAAAUUCAAAGAUGCAUUCAUGGAAAACUUAGGUGACAUAUAUAAUAAGGAUAUCAUGAAAUCCAGUAUUGUUGAUAGAGAAGUUAUUGAAAAUUAUUUUACAGCAUUAUAUUUAAUUCAUUUGUUCCCAGAUAUAUGGCUGUUAGGAAAUUCUAAAGAUGAUAUUGGAUAUAAAGAGCCAACUCUGAUAAAUGGCCUUAAAGUAAACACUAUAGAGAAAAAUCUAAAGGAAAAAUUAUCCAGUAGAUAUUCAAAAUGCAUAAAUCUUAUAUUCAAAAAUUUAUUAACAGUAAUUGGUGGUUUUGAUUUAUUGUUAAAGGAUAUACCUCUAGACACAAGUAUUAAUCACGAUGAAGAUGUGACAGGCACAAAUAACGCACCGAAUAAUGAGAAUAUCAAAUCGAGCCAAUCAACACAAGCAGGAAUUAAGAAAAUUCCAUUAAGUCAAUUAACUUUAAAUCAAAAAAACUAUUUGAUCUUUGCAUUUAAAUACUGUGUCACUAUUAUUGAAAAUAUUAAUUUGAAAAAUUUUGAUAAACAAAAAGAGUCAUUUGAGUAUUUGGCUAUGGUUAGAAUAUUUUUGGGAUGGAUCCAAUCUUACAAAUCAGUUCUGCAAUUUGCCCAUAGAGAUCUUGAAUUUUCGUAUUGGCUAGGUAGGUUAGCUAAUGCCUAUUUGGAAAGAGAAAUAACUGAUUGGGAGAGUGACAGUUCAAAAUCUCCAAGAUCCUCUUAUUAUUUUGAAGAAGAUGUAAUAGUAAAGGACUUUUCACCAGUAAACUUUUCUUUGAAAGAUAUAAAUUUUAAAGAUGCCUUUAGCAGUGAAAAUAAAAUGGAUAGACUUAGUGGCAAAAUUGACGCUUCUUUAAGACUAUCAGUUGAGCAGGAGUAUACGGUACGAGUUAAAUCUAUUGUUAGAUCAGUAUAUCAAUUAUUUUUAAAAAACAAAGUUGCUAUCAAAUGGGAUGAACAUACGGGAUUGUUUGUAUUGCCUCAUUUUUCUGCUGUUCAAAAUGAUCUAAGAAAGAAGAAAAGUUUCACAUUUACUGAAAUGUAUGAUCAAUUUUCCAAAACGAUGGCUAAAGAUAAAAAGUCAGCUAAUCUCGUAGGUGUUACAGAAUUGGAAGCCAAAUUAAUGAGAAUAAGGAAUACUGACAAGGGUAAAGCUUUUACAAACAGGGGUUAUAGUGGAUCUUCUAUUCCUACUGCACCAUCCAAUUUUGCUACCAAACCAAGUUCUAUAAUUGCCGUUAAAAACAUACAAGAUGCAGAUGAUAGCAACGAUAUACUUGAUACACUUGAGAUGAGCACCUUAGAGUUUUCAACCAAUCGUAGCAAUGUGUUAAGGGGUAAUGAUAAUAAACCAAAAGCAGUGGAUAUCAUCGAGAGAUAUGCAUUCGCUGGCAAGAAUACUGUUCUUAAUAAUCAGAUUUCAAAUUUCACGAAGGUUAAUGAAAUUAAAUCUUCAAAUAUAGGUGUCAAUAUUAGUUCACAAAAAAAUGCAUGCAAUAUUGAAAAUAGUGAUAUUAAUUUGAGUAAUAAGGGCAUAAACGAUAUUUUAUCUGCAUCCACAGUUAAUAUGUCAAGUUCUAGUUUAAAUUCGGCGGUGUCAAAUGUAAAUAUUGAAUCAGAGUUAUAUAUGAACAGCCCAAAUAAUGAUUCAUUCAUUACAGAAAAUGAUAUAUUGAAUCAAUUUACUGGAACUAUAGGACCAGGAACAAUGCAUGAGAGCAAUAGCAAUAUUACCAAAAUGAACGAUACAAUUGCUUUCAAAGAUGACAAUUCAUUGAAAGAAAAAUCGGGCACUGAUAUCCUUGGAUCAUAUCCCUCUUCUGGUAUGAUUGAGACAUCACAACUUCAAUUAACUCGAGAAAGUAACCCUCAAUACUUGACUCCUACCUUGUCGCAAUUGCCAUCUCAAGGAAUUGAUAACAAAGUUAAUCCUUUAUAUAAUCAAGUGCCACCAAAUCCAGCCGAAAAUAAUAUGAAAUUUUCGCAGCAAUUGCAAUUUCCUAAUAACAUGGAUAAUGUUGUCUAUGGCACGCAAUAUUCAAAUAAUUCCGUCUGUCAACAGUUUCCAUCUCAAGUCUUUAGUCAAUAUCCUCGGCCACCAUCCCAACAAGCUCCUCCACAACAAUUUCAACCAUACUAUCCUCAGCAUCAUCAACAAUACUACCCUGGAGGAUUCGAAAAUAAUAACAUAUAUGGCACUCCUCAAGCACCACCAUCUUCGUAUUCAAAUUGGAGCCCUUCAGUACAAAUGUCUAAUUCUGGAACUCAAUACUACCAGCAAAAUGGAGUCAACUAUUCCUUUAACAAUGCAGAAGCAAACUCAACACCAAACCAACAGACACAGGCACCGGUUCAACAACCAAGAAAGGAUAUAGGUGUGCCACCUGGGCUCCCAGGACCUAGAUUUUGA